AUGUCGCUGCCGCCGGAGAAGGCGUCCGAGCUGAAGCAGCUCAUCCACCAGCAGCUGAGCAAGAUGGAUGUCCAUGGCAGGAUAAGAGAAAUCCUUGCUGAGACUAUUCGGGAAGAAUUGUCACCUGAUCAACAACAACUAUCAACCGAAGAUUUGAUCAAAGCCCUUAAACGCCGGGGAAUCAUUGAUGAUGUGAUGAAAGAACUUAAUUUUGUUUCUGAUAAUGUUGAUCAAGAACUCCCUUCCUCUCCAAAACAACCUGUUUGUUUUACUGACAGACAAUCAACGUUAUUAAAAAAAACUAAUAUUGAUCCAACACGGAGGUAUCUUUACCUUCAGGUUUUGGGUGGAAAAGCUUUCUUGGAACAUCUGCAAGAACCUGAGCCUUUACCUGGACAAGCUUGUUCAACCUUUACUUUAUGUUUACAUUUUCGAAACCAACGUUUUCGUUCUAAACCUGUUCCUUGUGCCUGUGAACCAGAUUUUCAUGACGGCUUUUUACUUGAAGUACACAGAGAAAAUUUAGGUGAUGGAACUAGAAUGGCUGACUCUACCACAAUGUUAUCAAUAAGUGACCCAGUUCAUAUGGUGCUAAUCAAGACAGACAUAUUUGCUGAGACCACUUUAGUUGCAUCCUAUUUUCUUGAAUGGCGAUCAGUGUUGGGCUCAGAAAAUGGAGUGACCAAUCUUACUGUGGAACUUAUGGGUGUAGGCACAGAAUCUAAAGUUUCUGUAGGAAUUUUAAACAUAAAACUUGAGAUGUACCCACCGCUCAAUCAAACAUUAUCUCAAGAAGUAGUGAAUACACAGCUUGCUUUGGAACGUCAGAAAACUGCAGAGAAAGAGCGGUUAUUUCUUGUGUAUGCUAAGCAGUGGUGGAGAGAAUAUUUGCAGAUUCGACCCUCACACAAUUCACGACUGGUGAAGAUUUUUGCACAGGAUGAAAAUGGGAUUAACAGACCAGUCUGUUCUUAUGUCAAACCACUUCGAGCUGGAAGGCUUUUGGACACUCCAAGGCAAGCAGCAAGAUUUGUCAAUGUCCUUGGUUAUGAACGAGCCCCUGUUAUCGGAGGAGGAGGUAAACAGGAGCAGUGGUGCACUCUGCUGGCCUUUCUCUGUAGAAACAAGGGAGACUGUGAAGACCAUGCCAACCUUCUCUGCAGCCUCCUGCUCGGGUACGGGCUGGAAGCUUUUGUCUGUGUCGGGACCAAGGCCAAGGGCGUGCCCCAUGCAUGGGUCAUGACGUGUGGCACUGAUGGGACCGUGACUUUUUGGGAGAGUUUAACAGGACACAGGUACCUCCACAAACCUAUCAACCCUGAUGAGCCUCCGGCUGCCGAACAGCCCAAACCAUUGUACCCGUAUCGAACAAUUGGUUGUGUUUUCAAUCAUCAGACGUUCCUGGGAAACUGUCAGCCCUCUGACUCAGUGGAAAGCUGUGUGUUUGAUCUGAAUGAUGAGUCCAAGUGGAAACCCAUGAGUGAGGAAGCAGUUAAAUCUGUGUGCGCUCCGGGGGCCACCACAUCCCUCCCUCCCUUUCCUCCGCUGUGUGCGUCCACGAUCGACGCUUCUGUGACAAGCAAUGAGAUAGAAAUGCAGCUCAGGCUGCUCGUGUCGGAACACAGGAAGGACCUUGGCCUCACUACUGUCUGGGAAGACCAGCUUUCUUAUCUCUUGUCACCAGCUCUGGCGUCUUAUGAAUUUGAGCGUACAACAAGCAUAUCUGCGGGCAAUGAAGAGUUUCAGGAUGCUAUCAGAAGGGCUGUGCCUGAUGGCCACACAUUUAAAGGGUUCCCAAUACACUUCGUGUAUAGAAAUGCGAGGCGCGCGUUUGCCACGUGUCUGCGGUCUCCUUUCUGUGAAGAAAUCAUCUGUUGCCGUGGAGACCAGGUGCGCCUGGCAGUUCGUGUCCGCGUGUUUACUUACCCUGAAUCUGCUUGUGCUGUUUGGAUCAUGUUUGCUUGUAAAUAUCGCUCAGUACUAUAG